CUCUUCACCUCUUUACGCAGGCUCGUUGUCAGCUCGCAGCAUUGUGUUGCUUCCCUUCCAUUUUUCAUUGUUGUUCUUCAUCACUCUUUUAUUGAAGAACAUUCUUUCCAUACUCUUCUCUUCUACUACAUCUGUUGCUGUGCAACUCUACAUACUUUUGCCCACCUUCUCUACCACAAGUCUGUUGCCGGUCAACUGACGAAAAACCCCAUAGCCUUCGCGCUCACAUCGACCUUUCAAAUCACAUAAAAGCAAAAUCUUCAUAGCCAUCAUGGUGGCUUUCAGCGCUGGUGCGCUUCUCUUAGCGCUGCGCGUCCUCAUCACCGCCGCUCCUUCCACAGCCGCCCCCAUCGCGGCACCAGCACCACAAGCACCUGCGCCGGUCGCAGCAUCUGGGUACUGGUUCGCUGAUGUCAAGCGUCAGGGCGUUGCGCCGUACAACCCCAACAAGGACAGCUACAAAAUCUUCCGCAACGUCAAAGAGUACGGCGCCGUUGGCGAUGGUACCACAGAUGACACCGAGGCCAUCAACAAGGCUGUCGCCGAUGGUGACCGCUGUGGUGAGGGCUGUGACUCUUCUACAACCACUCCCGCUAUCGUCUACUUCCCCCCUGGUACCUACGCUGUUAGCGCCCCGAUCAUUCAGUACUACUACACUCAGUUUGUUGGCGACAUCAACAAUCUCCCCACCAUCAAAGCUACUGCCGCCUUCGAGGGUAUGGCUGUCAUUGACGCUGAUCCCUACAUCCCCGGAGGCAACGGUGCUAACUGGUACACCAACCAAAACAACUUCUACCGUCAGAUUCGUAACUUUGUCAUUGACAUCACUGCCGCCAAGGCGACCGCUGGUAUCCACUGGCAAGUCUCCCAGGCCACCUCCCUUCAGAACAUCCGCUUUGAGAUGGCUAAGGGCGAGGCUGGAAAGGACCAGAAGGGCAUCUUCCAGGACAAUGGUUCCGGCGGUUUCAUGACCGAUCUCACCUUCAACGGCGGCGGCGUCGGUGCUUUCCUCGGCUCGCAGCAGUUCACCACCCGCAACAUGACCUUCAACGACUGCGGUACCGCUAUCUACAUGAACUGGAACUGGCUCUGGACCAUGAAGAGCAUCUUCAUCAACAACUGCAAGGUUGGUCUCGACAUGGCCAACAGCCCUACCAACCAGACUGUCGGCUCUGUCCUCAUGCUUGACAGCAAGCUCGUCAACACUCCCGUCGGUGUCAACACUUCCUUCACUCAAGACAGUAUCCCUACCACUGGCGGUACCCUCGUCCUUGAGAACGUUGAUUUCUCUGGCUGCGAGUCGGCUGUUGUUGGCGCUUCUGGCAAUGUUCUCGUCAAGGGUGGCGUCAAGGUCGAGGCCUGGGCUCAAGGUAACGCCAUGGCUGCUGGAUCCGGCCAGGGCCGUGUCCAGGGUGACAUCAACGGCGGACCGUCGAAGCCUGCGGUUCUGCAAGGCGAGAACGGCUGGUUUGAGCGCAGCAAGCCCCAGUACGGUGAGGUCGAUGUCUCCAAAUUCAUCAGCCUCAAGUCCAAGGGCGCCAAGGGCGAUGGCUCUACUGAUGACACUGCCGCUAUCCAGGCUGCUAUUGACGGACUUCAGGAUGGCGAGAUCCUCUACGUUGACCACGGCGCCUACCUCAUCACCAAGACCAUCGUUGUCCCUGCCGAGAAGAACGUCAAGAUUCAGGGUGAGGUUUACCCCAUGUUCUUCAUCACCGGCGAGUUCUUCGGCAACAUGGAUGACCCCAAGCCUGGUUUCCAGAUCGGCGCCAAGUCUGGUGACAAGGGAUCUUUCGAGAUGAACGACGCCAUCAUCGGCACCCAGGGCCCUGCUCCCGGUGGUAUCUUGAUGGAAUGGAACAUCAACGCCGAAGCUGGCCAGGCUGGCCUCUGGGAUGUUCACUUCCGCGUUGGCGGCUACGAAGGCACGAAGCUCCAGUCUUCGAACUGCGCAAAGAACCCCAACGCCACCCACGACGCCAACCCCGCAUGCAUUGGCUCUUUCAUGCAGCUCCACAUUACCAAGUCUUCCAACGGCUACUUCGAGAAUGUCUGGCUGUGGACUGCUGACCACGAGCUUGACCAGGCCGACCACGGCCAGAUCGACAUUUACAACGGUCGUGGUAUGAUCGUCGAGUCCCAGGGUCCCGUUUGGCUUGUCGGCACCGCUUCCGAGCACUCUCAGAUGUCGCAGUACCACUUCCAGGGUGCUAAGGACAUCUGGUACGGCGCCAUCCAGACCGAGACUCCCUACUACCAGCCCAACCCCAACGCCAAUGUCCCGUUCACCAAGAACGACAAGUACUUCGAUCCUGAUUUCUCUGAAGGCCUGACAUCUGCUUGGGCUGUUCGUGUCAUCGACAGCUCCAGCAUCUGGAGCUAUGGCGCGGGUACAUACUCAUUCUUCAGCAACUACGACCAGAAGUGUGUCGUUGGCCAGAACUGCCAGGAACACAUCAACGAGAUCAGCAACUCGACCAACGUCAACUGGUUCGGUCUGUCAUCCAAGGCCUCUGUCAACAUGAUCACUUCCAAUGGUCAGGGUCUUCUCAAGGACGCCGAUAACCGCAGCAACUUCUGCGCUACGCUCGCUAUCUUUGCGCAGCCGUAGACGGGUUCUGAAGUUGAGUUUGUUUGAGUAGUUUCGAUUCUUUCCCACUACAGUGGGCAUUCUUUGCGAAGCAUAGAUGACUUGUUUGUGUACUUUACCGUUUCUUGAGAGCGAUGGAUAGCUGAGCAUAUCUUAUACCCUGGGCUGGAGUUUUGUGUUAGUAUAUACAUAGAUGAUCUAAAUUGAUCUGAGUUCUGAACUUAUUCA